GUCACUGGAGAUGGAAUGGAGGUGCUGCUGGACUCGGAAAUGGGGUCCAAGGGUAGCCAAGGAUGGCUGCAGCUUCAUAUGAUCAGUUGUUAAAGCAAGUUGAGGCACUGAAGAUGGAGAACUCAAAUCUUCGACAAGAGCUAGAAGAUAAUUCCAAUCAUCUUACAAAACUGGAAACUGAGGCAUCUAAUAUGAAGGAAGUACUUAAACAACUACAAGGAAGUAUUGAAGAUGAAGUUAUGACUUCUGGACAGAUUGAUUUAUUAGAGCGCCUCAAAGAACUUAACUUAGAUAGCAGUAAUUUCCCAGGAGUGAAACUGCGGACAAAAAUGUCUCUCCGUUCUUAUGGAAGCCGGGAAGGAUCCGUGUCUAGUCGUUCAGGAGAGUGCAGCCCUGUUCCUAUGGGUUCAUUUCCAAGAAGAGGGUUUGUGAAUGGAAGCAGAGAAAAUACUGGUUAUUUAGAAGAACUUGAGAAAGAGAGAUCAUUACUCCUUGCUGAUCUUGACAAAGAAGAAAAGGAAAAAGACUGGUAUUAUGCUCAACUUCAGAAUCUCACAAAAAGAAUAGAUAGUCUUCCUUUAACUGAAAAUUUUUCCUUACAAACGGAUAUGACCAGAAGACAAUUGGAAUACGAAGCAAGGCAAAUCAGAGUUGCAAUGGAAGAGCAGCUAGGUACUUGUCAGGAUAUGGAAAAACGAGCACAGAGAUCAUCUCAAAACAAGCAUGAAGCUGGCUCACAUGAAGCUGAGCGGCAGAAUGAAGGUCAGGGAGUGGCAGAAAUCAACAUGGCAACAUCUGGUAGUGGUCAGGGGUCAGCUGCACGAAUGGAUCAUGAAACUGCCAGUAUUUUGAGUUCUGGUAGCACACACUCAGCUCCUCGAAGACUGACAAGUCACCUGGGAACCAAGGUGGAAAUGGUGUAUUCAUUGUUGUCAAUGCUUGGUACUCAUGAUAAGGAUGAUAUGUCGCGAACUUUGCUAGCUAUGUCUAGCUCCCAAGACAGCUGUAUAUCCAUGCGACAGUCUGGAUGUCUUCCUCUCCUCAUCCAGCUUUUACAUGGCAAUGACAAAGACUCUGUGUUGUUGGGAAAUUCCCGGGGCAGUAAAGAGGCUCGGGCCAGGGCCAGUGCAGCACUCCACAACAUCAUUCACUCACAGCCUGAUGACAAGCGAGGCAGGCGUGAAAUCCGAGUCCUUCAUCUUUUGGAACAGAUACGAGCGUACUGUGAAACCUGUUGGGAGUGGCAGGAAGCCCAUGAACAAGGCAUGGACCAGGACAAAAAUCCAAUGCCAGCUCCUGUUGAACAUCAGAUCUGUCCUGCUGUGUGUGUUCUUAUGAAACUUUCCUUUGAUGAAGAGCAUAGACACGCAAUGAAUGAACUUGGGGGACUACAGGCUAUUGCAGAAUUAUUGCAAGUAGACUGUGAAAUGUAUGGGCUUACUAAUGACCACUACAGUAUUACAUUAAGACGAUAUGCUGGAAUGGCUUUGACAAACUUGACUUUUGGCGAUGUAGCUAACAAGGCGACGUUAUGCUCAAUGAAAGGCUGCAUGAGAGCACUUGUGGCCCAACUAAAAUCUGAAAGUGAGGACCUACAGCAGGUUAUUGCAAGUGUUUUGAGGAAUUUAUCUUGGCGAGCAGAUGUAAAUAGUAAAAAGACACUGCGUGAAGUUGGAAGUGUGAAAGCAUUGAUGGAAUGUGCUUUGGAAGUUAAAAAGGAAUCAACUCUCAAAAGUGUAUUGAGUGCCUUAUGGAAUUUAUCAGCACAUUGCACUGAGAAUAAAGCUGAUAUAUGUGCUGUAGAUGGCGCGCUUGCAUUUUUGGUUGGUACUCUCACUUACCGGAGCCAGACAAAUACUUUGGCUAUUAUUGAAAGUGGAGGUGGAAUAUUACGGAAUGUGUCCAGCUUGAUAGCUACAAAUGAAGACCACAGGCAAAUCCUAAGAGAAAACAACUGCCUGCAAACCUUAUUACAACAUCUGAAAUCUCAUAGUUUGACAAUUGUCAGUAAUGCCUGUGGAACCUUGUGGAAUCUCUCAGCAAGAAAUCCUAAAGACCAGGAAGCAUUGUGGGAUAUGGGGGCAGUCAGCAUGCUCAAGAACCUCAUUCAUUCAAAGCACAAAAUGAUUGCUAUGGGAAGUGCUGCAGCUUUAAGGAAUCUCAUGGCAAAUAGACCUGCAAAAUACAAAGAUGCCAAUAUUAUGUCUCCUGGUUCAAGCUUGCCAUCUCUUCAUGUCAGGAAGCAAAAGGCCCUGGAAGCAGAAUUAGAUGCUCAGCAUUUAUCAGAAACUUUUGACAAUAUUGACAAUUUAAGUCCAAAGGCAUCUCAUCGUAGUAAGCAAAGACACAAGCAAAGUCUCUAUGGUGACUAUGUUUUUGAUAGCAAUCGACAUGAAGACAGUAGGUCAGACAGCUUUAAUACUGGAAAUGUGACUGUCCUUUCACCAUAUUUAAAUACCACAGUGUUACCCAGCUCCUCUUCAUCAAGGGGAAGUUUAGAUAGUUCUCGUUCUGAAAAAGAUAGAAGUUUGGAAAGAGAACGAGGAAUUAGCCUUGGCAACUAUCAUCCAGCAACAGAAAAUUCAGGAACCUCUUCAAAGCGAGGUUUGCAGAUCUCUACCACUGCAGCACAGAUUGCUAAAGUCAUGGAAGAAGUAUCAGCCAUUCAUACUUUCCAGGAAGACAGAAGUUCUGGGUCUACCACUGAAUUACACUGUGGGACAGAUGAGAGGGCUGCAGUAAGAAGAAGUUCUACCACUCACACACAUUCAAAUACUUACAACUUCACUAAGUCAGAAAAUUCAAACAGGACAUGUACUAUGCCUUAUGCCAAAUUGGAGUAUAAGAGAUCUUCAAAUGAUAGUUUAAAUAGUGUCAGCAGUAGUGAUGGUUAUGGUAAGAGAGGUCAAAUGAAACCAUCAAUUGAAUCUUAUUCUGAAGAUGAUGAAAGUAAAUUUUGCAGCUAUGGACAAUAUCCAGCUGAUCUGGCACAUAAAAUACAUAGUGCAAAUCACAUGGAUGAUAAUGAUGGAGAACUAGAUACACCAAUAAAUUACAGUCUUAAAUAUUCAGAUGAGCAACUGAACUCUGGGAGGCAGAGCCCUUCACAGAAUGAAAGAUGGGCAAGACCCAAACAUAUAAUAGAAGAUGAAAUAAAACAAAGUGAGCCAAGACAAUCAAGAAGUCAAAGCACAACUUAUCCAGUAUAUACUGAGAGCAAUGAUGAUAAACACCUCAAGUUCCAACCACAUUUUGGACAACAAGAAUGUGUUUCCCCAUAUAGGUCAAGAGGAGCCAAUGGUUCAGAAACAAGCCGAGUGAGUUCUAAUCAUGGAAUUAAUCAAAAUGUAAAUCAGUCUUUGUGUCAGGAUGAUGACUAUGAAGACGAUAAACCAACCAACUAUAGUGAACGUUACUCUGAGGAAGAACAGCAUGAAGAAGAAGAGAGACCAACAAAUUAUAGCAUAAAAUACAAUGAAGAAAAACAUCAUGUGGAUCAGCCUAUUGAUUAUAGUUUAAAAUAUGCCACAGACUUAACUUCCUCACAGAAACCACCGUUUUCAUUCUCAAAGAGUUCUUCUGGACAAAGCACUAAAACUGAACACAUACCUUCAAAUGGUGAGAACACAUCUACACCUUCAUCUAAUACCAAGAGGCAGAAUCCACUCCAUCCAAGUUCAACACAAAGCAGAAGUGGUCAGGCACAGAAAGCCACCUCUUGCAAAGUUCCCUCUAUCAACCAAGAAACAAUACAGACUUACUGUGUAGAAGAUACACCUAUUUGUUUUUCAAGGUGUAGUUCAUUAUCAUCUUUGUCAUCUGCUGAAGAUGAAAUAGGAUGUGACCAGGCAACACAGAAAACAGAGUCCGCUAAUACUCUACAAAUCACAGAAAGUAAAGACAACAGUGGAACUAGAUCAACUGAAGAGUCUGUGAGUGAAGUUCCAACAGUGUCCCAGCACAUUAGAACCAAGUCCAGCAGACUCCAAGCUACUGGUUUAUCUUCAGAUUCAAGCAGGCACAAAGCAGUUGAAUUUUCUUCAGGGGCCAAGUCUCCAUCCAAAAGUGGUGCUCAGACACCUAAGAGUCCACCAGAACACUAUGUUCAGGAGACGCCACUCAUGUUCAGCAGAUGUACCUCUGUCAGUUCACUUGAUAGCUUUGAGAGUCGGUCCAUUGCCAGCUCUGUUCAGAGUGAACCAUGCAGUGGGAUGGUAAGUGGCGUUAUAAGCCCCAGCGACCUUCCAGAUAGCCCUGGCCAGACCAUGCCACCAAGCAGAAGUAAAACCCCUCCUCCUCAAACAGUUCCAAGUAAACAAGAAGUACCUAAAAAUAAACUACCUAAUGCUGAUAAGAGAGAGAGUGGACCUAAGCAAGCUGCUGUAAGUGCUGCUGUACAGAGGGUUCAUGUUCUUCCAGAUGCUGAUACUUUAUUACAUUUUGCCACAGAAAGUACUCCAGAUGGAUUUUCUUGUUCAUCUAGCCUGAGUGCACUGAGCCUCGAUGAGCCAUUUAUACAGAAAGAUGUGGAGUUAAGAAUAAUGCCUCCAGUUCAGGAAAAUGACAAUGGUAAUGAAACAGAAUCUGAGCAGCCUGAAGAGUCCAAUGAAAACCCAGAAAAAGAGACAGAAAAGCCUGAUUCUGAAAAAGAUCUAUUAGAUGAUUCAGAUGAAGAUGAUAUUGAAAUACUAGAAGAAUGUAUUAUCUCUGCCAUGCCAACAAAGUCUUCUCGCAAAGCCAAAAAGCCAGCUCAGACCACUUCAAAAUUACCUCCACCUGUGGCAAGGAAACCAAGUCAGCUACCUGUGUACAAACUUCUGCCAUCACAAAACAGACUGCAAGCACAAAAGCAUGUUAGCUUUACACCAGGAGAUGAUAUGCCACGGGUGUAUUGUGUAGAAGGGACACCUAUCAAUUUUUCCACCGCAACAUCUCUAAGUGAUCUAACAAUAGAAUCCCCUCCAAAUGAGUUAGCAGCUGGAGAAGGGGUUAGAAUAGGGGCACAGUCUUGUGAAAUUGAAAAACGAGAUACCAUUCCUACCGAAGGCAGAAGUACAGAUGAGGGUCAGAGAGGGAAAGCCUCAUCUAUCACUAUACCCGAACUGGAUGACAGUAAAACAGAAGAAGGUGAUAUUCUUGCAGAAUGCAUUAAUUCUGCUAUGCCCAAAGGAAAAAGUCACAAGCCUUUCCGUGUGAAAAAGAUAAUGGACCAGGUCCAGCAAGCUUCUAUGUCUUCAUCUGGAACUAACAAAAAUCAAUUAGAUGUCCACAAGAAAAAACCCACUUCGCCAGUUAAACCAAUUCCACAAAACACUGAAUAUAGGACACGUGUGAGAAAAAAUACAGACUCAAAAAAUAAUGUGAAUGCCGAAAGAACUUUCUCAGACAACAAAGAUUUAAAGAAACAGAACUUGAAAAAUAACUCUAAGGACUUCCACGAUAAGCUUCCAAAUAAUGAAGAUAGAAUCCGAGGGAGUUUUACUUUUGAUUCACCCCAUCAUUACACACCUAUUGAAGGAACACCUUAUUGUUUUUCACGAAACGAUUCUUUGAGUUCUCUAGAUUUUGAUGAUGAUGAUGUUGACCUUUCCAGAGAAAAGGCUGAACUAAGAAAGGGGAAAGAAAAUAAGGAAUCAGAAGCUAAAGUAACCAGCCACACAGAGCUAACUUCCAAUCAACAGUCAGCUAAUAAGCCACAGACUAUUAUAAAACACACAAUAAAUCGAGGUCAGUCUAAGCCCAUGCUACAGAAGCAGCCCACUUUUCCCCAGUCAUCCAAAGAUAUGCCAGAUAGAGGGGCAGCAACUGAUGAAAAAUUACAGAAUUUUGCUAUUGAAAAUACUCCAGUCUGCUUUUCUCAAAAUUCCUCUCUAAGUUCUCUUAGUGACAUCGAUCAAGAAAACAACAACAAAGAAAAUGAACCUAUCAAAGCCACAGAGCCCCCUGACACACAGGGAGAACCCAGUAAAGCUCAAGCAUCAGGUUAUGCUCCUAAAUCAUUUCAUGUUGAAGAUACCCCUGUUUGUUUCUCAAGAAACAGUUCUCUCAGUUCUCUUAGUAUUGAUUCGGAAGAUGACCUGUUGCAGGAAUGUAUAAGUUCUGCAAUGCCAAAAAAGAAAAAGCCUUCAAGACUCAAGGGGGAUAAUGAAAAGCAUAGUCCCAGACAUGUGGGUGGCAUAUUAGCAGAAGAUUUGACACUUGACUUGAAAGAUGUGCAGAGACCAGAUUCAGAACAUGGCUUAUCCCCUGACUCAGAAAAUUUUGACUGGAAAGCUAUUCAGGAAGGUGCAAAUUCCAUAGUAAGUAGUUUACAUCAAGCUGCUGCUGCUGCAUGUUUAUCUAGACAAGCCUCAUCUGAUUCAGAUUCCAUCCUUUCCCUGAAAUCAGGAAUCUCUCUUGGAUCACCAUUUCAUCUUACACCUGAUCAAGAGGAAAAACCCUUUACAACUAAUAAAGGCCCACGAAUUCUAAAACCAGGGGAGAAAAGUACACUGGAAACUAAAAAAAUUGAAUCUGAAAAUAAAGGAAUCAAAGGAGGAAAAAAAGUUUAUAAAAGUUUGAUUACUGGAAAAGUUCGAUCUAAUUCAGAAGUUUCAAGCCAAAUAAAGCAGCCUCUUCACACAAACAUGCCUUCAAUCUCUCGAGGUAGGACAAUGAUUCAUAUUCCCGGAGUUAGAAAUAGCUCUUCAAGUACAAGUCCUGUUUCGAAAAAAGGCCCACCUCUUAAAACACCUGCCUCCAAAAGCCCUAGCGAAGGUCAGACAGCCACCACUUCUCCAAGAGGACCUAAGCCAUCUGUGAAGUCAGAAUUAAGUCCUGUUACUCGACCUUCAUCCCAGCCAGGUGGGUCAAAUAAAGGUCCUUCUAGAUCAGGGUCUAGAGAUACUACUCCUUCAAGACCUGCCCAGCAACCAUUAAGUAGACCUAUGCAGUCUCCUGGGCGAAAUUCAAUUUCUCCUGGUAGAAAUGGCAUAAGUCCUCCUAAUAAAUUAUCUCAACUCCCAAGGACAUCAUCCCCUAGUACUGCUUCAACUAAGUCCUCAGGGUCUGGGAAAAUGCCGUACACAUCCCCAGGCAGACAGCUGAGCCAACAGAAUCUCACCAAACAAACAGGUCUAGCAAAGAAUGGUAGUAGUAUCCCAAGAAGUGAGUCUGCCUCCAAAGGACUGAAUCAGAUCAAUAAUAGCAAUGGAUCCAACAAAAAAGUAGAGCUUUCUAGAAUGUCUUCAACUAAAUCAAGUGGAAGUGAAUCUGAUAGGUCUGAGAGACCAGUAUUAGUACGCCAGUCAACUUUCAUCAAAGAAACUCCAAGCCCAACCCUAAGGAGAAAGUUGGAGGAAUCUGCUUCAUUUGAAUCUCUUUCUCCAUCUUCUAGACCAGGUUCUCCCACUAGAUCCCAAGCACAGACACCAAUUUUAAGUCCUUCCCUUCCUGAUAUGUCUCUGUCCACACAUUCAUCUGUUCAGGCUGGUGGAUGGCGAAAACUUCCACCCAAUCUGAGUCCCACUCUAGAGUAUGAUGACGGAAGACCAGCAAAGCGCCAUGACGUCGCAAGGUCUCAUUCUGAAAGCCCUUCCAGACUUCCAGUCAAUAGGGCAGGAACCUGGAAACGUGAGCACAGCAAACAUUCAUCAUCCCUUCCUCGAGUAAGCACUUGGAGAAGAACUGGAAGUUCAUCCUCAAUUCUUUCUGCUUCAUCAGAAUCUAGUGAAAAAGCAAAAAGUGAGGAUGAGAAACAGGUGAACUCAAGUUCAGGAACAAAACAAGCUAAGGAGAAUCCAAUAUCCACAAAAGGGACAUGGAGAAAAAUAAAAGAGAGUGAAAUUUCUCCCACAAGUCCUCAUACCACUUCCUCGGGUGCUGCAAAUGGUGCUGAAACAAAGACUCUCAUUUAUCAAAUGGCACCUGCUGUUUCUAAAACAGAGGAUGUGUGGGUGAGAAUUGAGGACUGUCCCAUUAACAACCCUAGAUCUGGAAGAUCUCCCACAGGAAAUACUCCACCAGUGAUUGACAGUGUUUCAGAAAAGGGAAAUCCAGCUGUUAAAGAUUCAAAAGAUAAUCAGGGAAAACAAAAUGUAGGUAAUGGCAGCACUACUAUACGCACUGUGGGUUUAGAAAACCGCCUGAACUCUUUUAUUCAGGUAGAUGCCCCAGACCAAAAAGGAACUGAUGCAAAAACGGGUCAAAACUCUGCUGCUGUGUCAGAGACUAAUGAAAGUUCUAUAGCUGAACGUACCCCAUUCAGUUCUAGUAGCUCAAGCAAACACAGUUCACCUAGUGGGACAGUUGCUGCCAGAGUGACUCCUUUUAAUUACAACCCGAGCCCUAGAAAAAGCAGCGCAGACAGCACUUCCGCCCGACCAUCUCAGAUCCCUACACCAGUGAAUACCACCACCAAGAAACGAGAUUCAAAAACGGACAGUACUGAAUCCAGUGGGACUCAAAGUCCUAAGCGCCACUCUGGGUCCUACCUUGUGACAUCUGUUUAAAAGAGCUGGAAUGAUACUAAGAAGGUUCUGUGUUAAUUACAACUGCUAUGUAUAAAUUGUGUUUCAAAGGAAACUUUAAAAGACUGAUGAAAGUUUUUGUAAAUAGGUUUGAUUCUUGUUAGAGGGUUUUGUUCUGAAAGCCAUAUUUGAUAGUAUACUUUGUCUUCACUGGUCAUAUUUUGGGACACAAUCCUGAUAGCUAGGAAGAAAAUAGUAAAGCCAAGUAUAUUUGUACAGUACGUAUUACAUGUAUUUAAGUAGCAUCCCAUCCUUUAAUUAUUGCCUGUAUUAAAAUAAUGAACACUACAGAUAGAAGAUGAUACAUUGUUAUCAGUCAUUUCUAGGUUAUAAACUGACUAAACUUACAUCAGGGAGAAAUUGGUAUUUAUGCAAAAAAACCCGUUUUAGUCCUUGUGAGUCUAUAAUUAAUCAUGUGGCUGUGAAAUUCACAGUAAUAUGGUUCUGAAUGAACAAGUUUACCCAGCCUGCUUUGCUUUACUGCAUGAAUGAAACUGAUGGUUCAAUUUCAAAAGUAAUGAUUAACAGUUCUGUGGUCACAUGAUAUGCAUAUAGAUAGCUAGGGUGUAACAAUUUACACUAUUUUGUGCUCGAAACAAACAAAACAAAAAAAAAUUGUGUAAUUGAAACUAUUUUACCCGAACUAGAUUUUAUCUGAAAGUAGGUAGAUUUUUUGCUAUGCUGUAACUUGUAUAUUCUGGUAUUUGAGGUGAGAUGGCUGCUCUUUUAUUAAUGAGACAUGAAUCAUGUCUCAAAAGAAACUAAAUGAACAUUUCAGAAUAAAUUAUUGCUGUAUGUAAAACUAUUACCGGAGCUGGUAUUUGAGGUUGUUGUUUCAUAUUUGUAUUAAUUGUUAAAAGGGCCUCUUUUAAAAACUUAUAUAAACUUUUUCUCCAAAUUCUAUGCAUUAAGAGUGAAAGUUCUCUUACAGUAAUGAGAAAUAAUUAGCGUUAUUGGCAUUUAACCAUUCCAUGCAUUGGCACUUAAUCAUUCCUGAAUUUUUUUUUUUAUGUGAUUAGAACUUCUUGAUGUUUAGUAUUUUUCCCCUUGUGUCUUUUCUUACUCCCCUAGAGUUCACUUAAAACAAAUUGAUAUAAUAUAUCACAGGAGUAGGCAUUGAACAUAAUAGGCCCAUAUAAUAUUUCCUUAAUAAAAAAUCUAAACGCUAUACUUGAAGAAAAUGAUUAUUCUUAAGUGUAAGUAGUCCCUCCCAAACCUGUUUUGGAAUGUAACUGUCUUGUCCCUUCAUUUUCUCCCUAUUAACAGGGUUUGGAAUGAACAAGUUUUAUCCAUAUACAUUGUGGGAAAUAAACAGCAUUUUGCUAUGCUCAUAAAACACAAAUCCUGUGGAAUGUUAGUUAGAUUUGAUACCAGUAAGAUAUUGAAAACACUAUUCCAAAACUCCUGCCCCUUAAGGAAGACUUGAUUUUUGGUGAAUAGAGUUCUGGGGUUUGUAAGAACAGCAAGGAAAAUCCUCCUUCACCAGGAAAGAUAAAUCAGUAACACUUAACAAAGCUAAUUCAAUUUCUCUUCUCAUUUGUUCUAAAAGAUCAGAAGACACAGAUGAUGAAUUCUCUCUUGAAUGAAUGAAUAGUUUUGAAUAGUUUUUUAAUGACCAAAUUCAUGCAAUCCACAUUUGGGAAAUGGAAAGGAUAUUUCGGUGUGAUAGUGUCCUUGGAAAAAGCAAUGUGGAGAGGAGUUAAGUACUUCUCCCUGCUGCUCUUAAGUUGUUUAUCACAAGUAGUGAGGCUGAUUUUUUUUUAAGCUAAAAUGCUAGUAAAUUGCUAUUUAAAGUUUUAAAAAGGCAUUUGACUUCAAAGCAUACACUCUUUCCACUGUGCCUCUUUGCAAACACCUCAAUUUACUAAUCUUUGGAAUAUAUCUACUUUUAAAUUUUGUCACGUAUUUUAUCUGAAUGAAAUAGUUUGUGAAUACUACUACUAAUUUAUUAUAUUUAUACUGCUCUAAAAGGCUGCCUUAUCCAACAAGGAUGAAUACAUGCACAUAAGUUAUAUUUCUUUUCUCUUUUAAUUCUGGUUUUCUUUUUUUCUGAAUUAUAUGCUGGUUUUUAUAAACCACUUUAAUGCUUUUAUGGAAAGAGAUGGGGUAUAAAUUGUCUUUUCAAGGAAAAAUAAAUAUUAGUGCUGACAAUGAGAAAAGGAUCCCCCAUGUGCCAGAAAAUUUACAAAUUCCUGCAGUCAACACCUACUAGGUAAAUGACCAGUCCACACAGCCAUUUAAAAAAAGUUAGUUUACAAAACCCUUUAUUAGAAUGAAUUGAUAAAGGGGACAAAUCUCAAUUCUGCUUUCAGAAAUUCACAGGGUGCUGCCAUAACAAUAGCAAAUCAAACAUUUCCAGUUGAUGCUUAUUACAAGCAGUAUACUGACCACUGUUUAGGGAUGAGUUAAGAAUUGUGAUGCCUAUUAAGAGAACUGUAAAGUACCGGGCAAUGUUCUUUCUACCUUUGACUGCAACAAAGAAUUCCAAAGGCAGUGGUUUUCCAACCAGAGUGAAUUUUAAUCAUGAGACACGUUUAUUAAGCUACAGAUGGGCCACAUCCCAAUAGUUUCAGACUUCAAUGGAGCCCCAAAAUUUGCAGUUUCAACAACUUCAUGGGUGAUAAUUGUUGCUGCUGGCCUGGGAGCCAAACCUUGAGAACUGUUGCUCUAAGGUAUAAUAAUAAAGCUCUUUGAGCCAAUGCCUUCUGUACUAGCUAUGUCUCAACAAGUGAACCUUCAAUCUGACAAACACAUACCAACAGAUUCACUUCCCUCUCCUUCAGGCAUGACAGAUUUUGAGUAUUGAGUGAUAACACUGGUAAAGGUAAUUUCAUCUUUCAAUAGUGGGCAGAUGUCCCAGAUGUGAAUGAAUAAUGAAUAAACUUACAAAUCCCUGCAAGCAGCAGCUACUAGGUGAAAGACCAGUCUACAUAGCCAUUAAAGAAAAAGUUGGUUUACAGAACCCUUUAUUAGACAGAACGACUGAAUUGAUAAAGGGGACAAAUCUAAAGAUAAUGACUAUAUCUAAGAGAUCAGCUGACACAGCCUUUGAAACAGUUAUUUUAAGGGUAAUAAUUUCAGCAAAUACCUAGUGUGGAUUUGUUUUAAUAAAAUCAGAAGAGAACAUGAGAAAUGACCUUUCAAAUGAGGGAAGACUGAUUUGAGAGCAAAGGAAAAUAUAUCCAAUUUGUUAAGAGUGUGAGUGAUUAACCACUAACAAAUCAAAUUGGUAUUUGAGGAUAAACUAGACGGAAAAACAACAAUAAUAAUGAAAUAAAAGAUAAACCCAUAAAAAGCAAAUGACAUAGUUUAUAUAGCAGAUAAUCAAUUGAUGUAAAAUUACGAUAAUACAAAGUGAAGGGAUAAGUCUUACUAAGGGUGGGGACCAGUUGUGUGUGCUAUAUCUUAAUUCACGUUGUCACAGGGUUUCCUUGUAUCUAAGAUAAAAAAAGAACAGUGCCAUAAAUGCAGAAAGUAUAUUGCCAAGUGCUAAA